CUAAGUUAACUGAAACUGAAUUGUGUGAAAUAGUAAAUCUUAUAUCAAUAAAUAAUUUUAUUGUAAGUAAAGAGGAAGAAAACGAUGAUAAUGAUAUAUACGAUAUUGAUCAAAAUUCAUCAAUUCGAACUACCUUAAUUUUGGAGGAUAUU